AUGGUGAGCGACGUUCACAACCACCACAGCCAAAACUCAUCCCCAACCGCACCAUCUCCACCUUCCCUCCCCCACCCGCCGCGCACGCGCUGCUCACAUGGACACGCCCUUUCGAUGAGCCAGCAACAUCCCUGGGGUGCCCCGAGACACAAUCAGAGCACACGUUUGACCCCCAUAUCCACCGCCGUCGCGCAAGACCAAGGCAGCACGCCCUCGCCCAGCGCCUCGCGUCCCGCAUACUCGCCCGCCAACACCAACUUCCCGUCUCUACCGCCGGCAUCUUCGCGCCUGGUGGGUAGCCGCAAGUCUUCAGCCGCCUCCUCGACCUCGUCGGCCUUCUCGCCCGCAGGACAGCAGCUCCCCGCCAGCCAGCUGCUGUCCUCUCGGUCACGGACCAUCGCCCCCAACGCCGUCUCGCAAUUGGCAUCCUCCGCCGCAGCAGCCGCUUCGCAGGGGGGUGGUGCACAAUCGACCAGCGGCGGAGGAGCCUCCAAGCUUGUCCGCGCCUCGCCCUCUCUCUCCACCUCGAGUACCGUCGGCUCACCCAGCGCUGCCUCCAACUCCACCACCACGGCAUCGUCACAGAGCCUCUCCCGCAUCGUUAUUGCCCAAAUAUUCCUGCUGCUCAGCCAGUUCGGACCGCUCAAGGACGACAAGGACCGCUCAAAGUGGGACACCCAAAUAGAGCAGAUCAGAAAGCUCGUCGACGCACACGGCAUGGAGGUCUUUUCAAAGUACUUCCGGCGCCUGGUGCAGAACAAUGCCGCCCACGUGUUCGGUGCCGGGGCGCGCAAUGCCGACCCCAAUGGCAGCUAUCAGAUUCUCGCGACGGAAAUGCAGAAGCUGCGCAAGGAGCCCGAACAAGCAGACAAGAUCGCUGAGUCGAUAAGCUCAAGCGAGGGCGAUCUGUUUCGCGACUUCGACCUGGCCGCCUUCAUAUCGCACUUCAACCUGGAUGCGCUGGCCAAGUCUAUGCUGGCGCUUUCGUCGAGGAGGACGGAGCUGCGACCAAAAGCUGACACGAUCAUUUCGUCCAUGGGCGACGAAUUGCUGAUAGCGAUCGCGCAGCCGACCCAGGGCGACGCUACGAGCCCCGAUUAUGUCGCCACACUCGUUGAGCGAUUGCUCCAGGACCCACCCCACGGAUGGGACGACGACAAAAAACUGAGCCUGGUGUAUGCGGUGCAGAUGCGAUAUCAGAGCAUGCAGAUUGCCAUACCGGGGCUUGUCGAAUCGAAGCUACUUCUUGUCGAGCUCACAGACAGCUCGCGGAACCCUCUGGUAAAACUAGUGCAACGGGCAGGUCCACAAGGGACAGCGACAGUGGAGGCGUGCAAAGAAGUGCUCGCACAAGCCGAAACACGCGAUAUUAGCUACCAGCAAGUGGCGACCGUCCUGCUGUACCUGGUCCUGUCCACAGGCUACAAUGCAAAGAAUUUUGUAGCCGCGCUACGAGAACACCGCGCAGGGCAGCGGUUGGACUGGCAGGACGUUGUGCACGCCUUCGACCGAGACCACCUGCGCAUUGAGAAACACCAAUUUCUCGACAUCUACGACGCGCUACUUCCAAUUGCGCAGGACACCGACUCUUUUGACAUCCAGAAGUUGUGGGGUGGUACAUGGCAGCACGAUCUGACCCAUCUGUACUUCUUGUUGUGUUUUCUCCGAUGUACGCCAGAAGAACUGGACGUUUCCGCGAUUCCACGACUGCGCACCUCGUACUCACUCGCUACAUUCGAAAACGCCUCGGACGAUGUCAAAGCUUUUGCAGAACAGGCAGCGAAGCACCCGUUUGUCUCUCUCGAUGCGACAAGCGCUCUGUUCAACAUGAUCUUCCGCACAUCUGAGACAUACCACACAGCGCAACUCAUGGGCAUACCUGAUAUGGUUAUCAAUCCACACACCGCAGAGUUCCUGGUGGCAGCAGCCGCAGUACCGAAGCCUUGGGGAGCAUUACAGGAGCAAGCACUUAAGCAGCUGUUUGAUCCUUACUUCCACAAGAAACUUCCGAUCUACAAUUUCGUACUUUAUGGGCUUUGGCAACAGGAUCUCCAGUGGCUGAUUGAACGAUUCGUGGACGCGUAUAGCACAGACCCGAUGUCGCUCGCCCUGAUCUUGGAGCACGCAGAAGCGAAUGGCUGGCUAGACUCUCUGAUCCGCAGUAACACUGACAUCAGCUUGGAUCUUGCUGCUCAAGCACACGCGCGAGGCAAGUUCGAGGUCGAGCCUUGGCUCCAGCAGACGUUCGAUCAGGCCGGCGCGCUCUUCCGUCGCAUCCUCACUAACUUCUUAAGUGCUCGCGCUGCAGAGGAGAUGCAGCGCGUCCGCGAAGAUCACCCCCCACUUAGCAUGCCGCUUGCUGUAAAGACGGUGUACCCUCUAUUAUGGUUUCUUGCCGAGUGUGGGUUGCCAGAACAAGAACUAUUACCGCUUCAGCGAAACUGCAUCCAGGCAUACCCACGGCUAAUCAACUACGGCGAAGGCGUGGACGACGUGAUUGAUGCCAACGGUCAAAACGGCAAUGCUCUGCCGGAAGAUGCCGACAAAAAGAUGCAGGAGCAUUUCAAGAACAUGUACAGCGGCGAUAGCGACGUACGCGACAUCAUCUCGGCGCUGAAAAAGUACAAGGAGUCCCGCGACCCUGCUGAGCAGGAGCUGUUCGCGUGCAUGAUCCAUGGACUGUUCGAUGAAUACAACUGCUUUGGUGAAUAUCCUUUAGAAGCCCUGGCCACGACGGCUGUGCUCUUUGGCGGCAUCAUCAACUUCAACUUAUUGUCAAGAAUCGCACUUCAAGUUGGCCUGGCCAUGGUGCUCGAGGCAGUUCAAGAGUACAGGCCUGACGAGUCUAUGUAUAAGUUCGGACUCCAGGCUCUACUACACUUCUCAAGUCGACUGCACGAGUGGCCGAAUUACUGCGAUCAGCUGCUGAUCGUGCCGGGUCUUCAUGGUACAGAGAUCUUCACCAAGGCUGAGGAGAUCGUGGGACAACAAGUCGGCGAAGUCAACGGCGACAACCAUAACGGGGUUGGUCUCACCAACGGUAAUGGCAUUGAGGACGCCCUACAACAAGAAUCAGCUGUGCCCAAGUUCACUUGCCUCCAUGUGGAUCCGCCCCUGCGGCCAGAUCUAUAUGAAGAGCCUGACGAGGACGUACAGGACCGUGUCUUGUUUGUCCUCAACAAUGUGUCCGAACGCAACUUGCGCGACAAGAUCGCCGAUCUCACCGAGGCAGUUGAGGAGCGACAUCACCAGUGGUUCGCCAAUUACCUAGUAGAAGAACGUGCCAAGAUGCAGCCCAACUUCCAGCAGCUGUACCUCGACAUACUCGCGCUCUUUGAUGACCGUACUCUCUGGGCUGAAGUGCUUCGCGAGACGUACGCCAGCGUUAUACGACUCCUCAACACCGAUUCCACUUUGGGCUCAACCGAGCGUGGCCAUCUUAAGAAUCUGGGUUCAUGGCUUGGUUCUCUGACAAUCGCUCGCGAUCGACCAAUCAAGUUCCGCAACAUAUCGUUCAAGGAUCUUUUGAUCGAGGGAUAUGACACCGACCGCCUUCUCCUUGUGAUACCAUUCACCUGCAAGGUCUUGGUCCAAGCAGCCAAGUCUACCGUCUUCAAGCAUCCUAACCCAUGGCUGACGGAGAUGCUGGGCGUCCUGCUGGAGUUGUAUCAUUUUGCCGACUUAAAGCUCAACCAGAAGUUCGAAAUAGAGGUUCUCUGCAAAGGACUAGAUCUCGACCACAAGGAGAUUGAACCGACCAACAGCAUCCGUGCACGGCCUCAAGUCGACGACGAAUUCCUUGGACCCAUGGUCACUGACGGCAUGGAAGCUUUCGGAGAUCUUUCUAUCAUGGGCCUGAAUCGCUCGCGAGGACCCAGCGAGCGCUUCUCCUCAGCAGCUAUCACCGCACAGUUGCCUGACUUCACCAACCAGCUCCAAUACCCUCCAUCAGGAAACAGCGGUGUUCCUCCUGCAACCCUCAAGAAGAUUUUCCUGAAUGCGGUGACGCAAGCUAUCCAGGAAAUCAUCGCGCCUGUUGUAGAGCGAUCUGUCACCAUCGCCGCCAUUUCGACCUCCCAGCUUGUAAGCAAGGAUUUCGCUAUGGAACCCGAUGAGGAGAAGCUCCGCAAUGCUGCACAUACCGUCGUCAAGUCUCUGUCCGGUGCUCUGGCGUUGGUAACUUGCAAGGAGCCCCUACGCAUGAGCAUUCAGAACAACAUCAGGGUGAAUGCGCGAGACUUGCCCGAGCAAGCUCUUCCAGAGGGCCAUGUCUUGAUGUUUGUCAACGAUAAUCUUGACCUUGUUUGCAAUACUGUAGAGCAGGCUGCUGAGAUGUCUUCCAUGGCCGAGAUUGAUAUGCAGAUCGAAGACAACAUCCGAGCACGUAGAAUGUUCCGCAGCACCCGACCAAACGAGCCUUUCAAGGAUGCCAACAUCAGCCAGUGGGCUUUCUACAUUCCAGAGCCAUACAAGCAGACAACUGGUGGGCUGAAUAGGGAGCAGCUAGCCAUUUACGAGGACUUUGGAAGACAGUCGCGAGGUGUACCGCAUGCAAACAAUAUUUCCCAGGACAGCGGACGACAAAUGCCUGACAUCUUGCAGGAACAGUUUGCUGCUGUUCCAAAUCUGCCAACGCCUGGUGCUGCACCAGCGGAGCCGCGCCAGCCCACACAACAAGCCCGGCUUCAAGCAUCACAAGCACCGCCCGCACAACAGCAGCUCAACGGCUACAUGGAUGCGGCUGGACCAGAACGCGGUCAGCGUGGUGCCGAAGAGAUUCUCAUUGAACUCACGCGUGUUAUCAAGGAGGCGCCUGAGGAGCGCAUCAGUGAGCUCCAGCCCGGCACCAGCACGAUCCAUCAUGUGUUUGAUCAACUCAUUUCAAGCAUUGAGUUCGCGGGACCCAACAAGGAUAGCUGGGCAUUCCGCAUUGCCGGACAAGUCACAAACCAUCUCUUCUCAGACUCUCUCACUCGUUUGGAGAUCGAAGUCAUGGCCCAUUUGUUGAGCCACCUGUGCCAGCUUUCUGUCCAGACCUCACGACAGGUUCUGAUGUGGCUUGCCACACUUCAUGAUGAUGACCGCAUCUUCAAGGCCCCAGUCAUGAUUGCCUUGAUGGAAGUAAGCCUCAUGGAUAUCCCUCGACUCAACACAACGAUCGCCAAGGCUAUUCAAGAGCGACGUAUCGCAGCCGUUGAGAUGUUGGCAAGUCUGCUUGACGAAUUGUUGCUCAACGAGCACCCGAGCGCUUUCCGUGCCGACUUCGCUUUGACUAUCGAUGCUCUCAAUAACUGGCUAGCAGAGGACCCGUCUUUAGAGCUAGGCAAGAGAGUGAUUAAUAGCCUACAACCUUCCCCUAGCGAUCUCUCCAUGACCCCGCCCGCAACCGGACAAAAGGACCACCUUGAAUACGUUUUCGAGGAAUGGGUGCAUAUGCAACAGCAAUCAGACCUACCCAAGAAGGUCACGAUCGCGUACAUCUACCAGCUUCAUCAACGGAAGAUUAUGGAGACUCAAGAAACUUCAAUCGAGUUUAUCCGUACCUGCAUCGACUCCUCUGUCAUUGCUUAUGAGCGUGAACACUCGCUUCCGUUCGGAACAGGCAAUGAGGAUCUUGCCACGCUCAAGAUCGAUGCGCUCGGCAAGCUGAUUGUUGAUCUCGUCAAGUACCAGGGAGAUCAAGAAGGAUCCGUCAAGGAGAGCAAAGCACGAUACCUAGACCAGAUCCUUGUCGUCGUUGUCCUGGUUCUCUGCAAUCACCACAACACACGAGGCGAUGCCUUCAACCAGAAAGUCUUCUUCAGGCUCUUCUCCACAGUGCUCUUCACAUUGAAUGACGCUGUCAAGGACGAAGCUCUGGCCGACCACAAGGCUGACUUAUUCCUUGCUGUUGCCAGAGCUUUGCUGAUCCUACAGCCGGGUCACUUCCAGCGGUUCACAUUCGCAUGGCUAGCGUUGCUUGCACACCGCAUCCUCAUUCCGGCCAUGCUCGAGGAAGGCCAACAGGAUGAGCGCUGGGAUGUAUACGCCAAACUUAUGGAGGCUUUACUCGUCUUCACUGGUCAACUGAUCAAACCGACUGGAGAAUCACUCAUGGCGCAGCAGUUCUACCGCGGUGUCAUGCGCGUACUGCUUGUCAUCCACCAUGACUUCGCCGAGUUCCUAGUCGAGAACCACUUCAGGUUUUGCAACAGCAUCCCGAUGCACUGCACCCAGCUUCGUAAUUUGAUAGUUAGUGCCUAUCCAUCGACCAUCACCGAGAUGCCCGAUCCGUUCGCUGCAGGUCUGAAGGUCGAUCGACUUGAGAAGAGCUUGCUAGCGCCAGUGAUUCGCGCUGACAUCGAUCAAAUGCUUCUCGAUGCUGGUGUCAAGACCACUGUGGACAGUCUCUUGAAAGGCUCUGAAAAGCAACAAGAUGUUGAGAAGCUCCUCCAAGCAGUCCAUUACCCAGAGCCCAGGACCACAGCUUUCGAAUUGCCAACCACAUCAGACCCAGCCCUGAUCCAUGCGAUUACCCUAUAUAUUGGCAUCACCACCUUGGGCUCUGAGCCCAGCGUGCCCCAAUUUGAUGCUGAGGGCCCGGCUGCCAAAUUUCUCGAGACUCUGGUCAAGGAGUUUCAGCCAGAAGCUCGCUUCCAUCUCAUCAGCGCGAUCGCCAACCAGCUUCGUUUCCCGAACACGCACACUCACUUCUACAGCUCCGCGCUUCUCCACUUGUUCGGCGUAUCUGACGGUGAUUCACGGCAGGUCGAGAUUCAGGAGACCAUCACCAGGGUGCUUUUGGAGCGUCUGCUAGUCCAUCGUCCUCAUCCUUGGGGACUCAUCAUCACACUGCUGGAGAUUUUGAAGAACCGCAACUACUCGUUCUGGGAGCUGCCUUUUGUCAAAGCAGCACCUGAGGUCGAGCGACUUCUCAAUGCGCUCUUUACGCAUGCCCAGCAGAGCCCCCGACCUCUUGCUUAA